AUGAACUCCACGGCGUACAAGUACAUGCGGGAGUUUUCCAUCGUCGUCCUGGGAGCAGAGAGCUACGAUCCAACCAUUGAGGAUUCUUACAGACAUCAGCUGCAAGUUGAUGGCCGGUUACUGGUACUGGAGAUCCUGGACACUGCAGGGACUGAGCAAUUCGUUGCCAUGAGAGAUCUGUACAUGAAGACUGGCCAGGGCUUCCUCCUAGUCUUCAGCAUUACAUCCCAGUCGUCCCUUGCGGAGCUCGAGUCACUCCGGGACGAGAUCAUCCGUAUCAAGGACGACGAAAAUGUACCGAUUGUCAUUGUCGGCAACAAGGCCGACUUGGAGGAGCAACGGACGGUGCCGAGGACAAAGGUGUUCUCGCUCUCCCAGCAAUGGGGUGUGCCGUACUACGAGUCUAGCGCUCGAACGAGGAUGCAUCUCACUCGUUGCUCAGCAAACGUGGAAGAGGUCUUCAUCGAUCUCUGCAGGCAGCUCCUGCGCCGGGAUGACGCCCACGAGCUGUUGAGGGAACAUCAGCAUGCGCAUGACGACCAACACAGCGGGAGCCAGCCUUUCAGGCGCCGCGGCCGCAAGAGGAGACGGGACGGCCACCCGCGGUGCAUCAUUCUCUGA